GAGCGAAGGAUAGCGUAUUUCUGGGAAAUGCUCUUUUUCUGGAACAACGGCUUUCUGCGUCCGCUGAUCUCGUUGGGUGUGUGGCUGUUCGGCAACAACGAAAAUGAAGUGCUGACGCUGGACAACGACGGCGAACGCUACGUGGACGCCUACGGAAGCGAGGGCAGCCCGUUUGCGCGUCUCGUGCCGGACCUCCACGGAGGCGAUCGCACGGCGGGACUCGAGAACGAUGUCGUGCGGCGUGUUGUCCGGCGACAACAACAGGCCCACGCCCAUCGCAUGUUGAGCAGCUCCACAGCAAGGCUUCGCGAUGACACGGGUGCGUGUAUGGAAAGCGAGUCGGAGGUGGCAGAGGAGGAAGACAUUGGCAAUCUCCCGACGUACCUCUGCACCACCACCUUGCAGUCCAUAUUGGAAUACCGGCUCGAGUUCGCACCGUUGCCGCUGGCGGUCGCCGCUGCCGGCCCGCGUCUUCGUCUGGCCGGCGAGCUGACGUCCAUCUUUUACUUCCCAGGCGCUGCCUGCUGCGUGCGCGCCGCUCCCUCAUUGUCCGCCUCGUCCAUUAAUAAUCCCGCCGCUGCUGCUGCUUCCUCUGGUGUCUACGCCGGGUCUUUUGCACCGCCGACGCGGUGGUCGUCACCGCCGGUGCAGGCGCACGAGUCGCCCCCCGCGAUGCGACGAUGCUCGCGGAUGGGUGGGCGCCUGUUGUGGGGGGAGGCGCGUCUGCCGCACACCCGCAAAGUCCACGGCACCUCGCUGGCAGGUCUCACACGGGCAAUGCGGCGCUCGGCGUGGUGGUACGGCCGGAUCACACCGGCGGGACUUCAUGGAAUGGGCACCGUCUUUAGCCCGGCGACAAGCGACCUCGACGACGACGAGGCGCUGUCUGAAAUCGGGGAGAGCGGUCAGACGAGAGGCGCCGGUGAGGCUUCGAUGCAUGUACCCCACGAUCGGUAUCACGCCUGCCUGCCGCUAUGCGUGGAGGUGGUGGCACCACGAGUAGCGGUGCCAACCGCUGCACCACAAAUACGCGAGGCAUUCAGCGCGCGGGCUGUGUGGACGGCGCGUGUGUGGGGAUGGGUGCGGCACCCCCUUUCCGCAGCACACCAGACCGACAGCUGCGGUGAUAGCAGGAAAAGGACGCUUUUAGCUCCUCUAGAUGCUGAGCUGCAGGUGACGGUGCUCCGCUUUGUGACGCUCAUGGAUCAGCUGUGGUGCGAGCGGCGGUGCGCGCUGACGGAGCUCGCGAUGGAGCGCUUCCCGAUUGCGCUCGCCGAGUGGAUGCUGUCACCGGACCUGCAUCCCAUCUCCGCUGUUCACUGCCCCACAACACUAAAGAAAGCAACGAGCCAAAGCGAUAUGUCGAAGAUGGAAGCGUCACUUUUUUCUGUGUCGCGAGGGCGACGGGCCUUUCGCCACGUCCACACGCUGAAGUGCCGCGGCCGCGUCGGACAGGCGUCCGCAGAGGCGAUGAGUGCCGCCAACGCCGUUGCGCGUGGUACGACGCCGCUGCCGGCUCUCAGCGCGGCCACCGGGGGUAGCGCCAGCGUCCUCUCCCUCUCCUUCACCUCCGUGCAGCCGCACCUCCGCGUGUUGGACCUGUCGAGCUCGGCUGUCGCGUCGCUGAGCGGCGUGGAGGCGUUUCCGCUGCUCGAGAAGGUCACGCUGACGGGCUGUGCGCAGCUGAGCAGUCUGUCCCCCCUCGGCCUGGCCCCCGCAUUGCGUGAGAUUGUGGCAUCGCAGAGCGGCAUCUACGACGUAGACGGGCUGGCGCGCAGCUCCACCCUUGUUUCGCUCAGCCUCUACGGCUGUCUGAACCUGACCGACGUGAGUGCCUGUGGCCGCAUCCCGACCCUGCGGGACCUCUUCAUCUCCGAGAGCACCGUGGAGGUGGUGGAGGGGCUGCAGGAGAGCCGCAGUCUGGUGCGGCUGGGGAUGCGGUACUGCGAUGUGUCGGUCCUCGCGGCCCUGUCCUCGGUGUCCAGUCUGCGCAUCCUGCACGCCUCCAGCUCCACCUUGACCUCUGUGGCCGCCCUGCAGUACUGCGUGUCGCUGGAAGUGGUCGAGGUGGCCGCGUGCGCGCAGCUCAUUGAUGUGGGUCCGCUGGGGCUGGCGCCGCGACUGCUGGAGCUGGACGCGUCGGGGAGCGGCGUACGGCACGUCGACGGACUGCGCUACUCCGGGUCUCUGGAGAAGCUUCUUCUCGCCCAGUGCACCCAGCUCGAGGACUGCGGUCUGCUUGGGCGUUGUGUGCGUCUUCGACAGCUCAGCCUCACCGGGACUCGCGUACGCAGUCUCGAUGGCCUUGCUGGGGCGCCGGCGUUGAUGUGGCUCGACGUAAGCUUUUGCCGUCAACUCGCCAACUUCGGCGUGUUGCUGCAGCUUCCGCAGCUGCGACAGGUGAUGGUGAGGGGCUGCACGGAGGCCCUGCGACGCCCAGAGGACGCGGAGAGCGUCAUGGCGAGCUUGUGUGCCCGACGCAAGCGGGUAGUAGUGAUCCAGUCGUAG